AUGCUGAAUCCACAAGGAAGAGUUUUGUAUGACUUGUUGCUCUAUAAAAUUGAUGCCCUUUUCAAAGAAGAAUCGUCCAUAUUAAUUGAAUGUGACAAUGUUAUCAGAGAAGAUUUAGUGAACAUUUUGAAAAAGUAUAAAUUAAGGAAAAAGAUUUCAAUAUCCUUAUUUGAUGAUUUUUCUGUUUGGGGUGUAAUUCCAAAAGUUGUGCAAACUCAGGCAGAGGAUAGCAGUAAAGAUUUUGAUUACACAAACGACCAAAAUCUUUUCUUUCUCUCUCAUGAUCCAAGAAUUAAUUCAUUUGGCUAUAGAUUGAUAUAUCCAUCAAAUCUAGAUGCAACCAAUUUUUUGGAAAAUUGUGAACUUACCAAAGAUGCAUAUGACAAUAGAUGCCUAGAAUUAGGUGUAAGUGAAGGUGUCCGAGACCUCCCACCAAAUAAUUGCUUUCCUCUUGAAGCAAAUCUUGUUUUUCUCAAUGGAGUUAGUUUCAGUAAGGGGUGCUAUGUGGGACAGGAGCUGACGGCCCGCACGCACCACACGGGGGUCAUCCGAAAGAGACUCAUGCCUCUUGUUGCACGCUUCGAUGACGAAACCAAAGAACUAAAAGCAGAACAACAGCCGACCGCGAUUUUUUCCGAAACUUCCAAAAAAGAAUGCGGAAAAGUUAGAAACUGGAAAGGGCAGAGAGGAUUAGGGUUACUGAGAUUAGCGGAAUGUUUACUGGCGGAAAAGGAUUCGUUAAUUUUGAGAGGGAAAAAUGGCGACAAUCUUGGCAAAGUUGAAACUUCUAUACCAUACUGGUGGCCCAAGGAAGAUGAUGAGAUUAUAAAACAGAUUUUGAAUAAAAUUGAGAAUAAAUAA